GACGACGGCGUGCGCUCAAUGCUUAUCACCACAGGAGCUACGCAAUGAUAAGGACUUUUUUACGUCGUUCCCUCCAGCUUGUUAUUUUUUUUCCGAGUCAAAACUUACGACCGCGACCACAACAACAACAACAACAACAACAACAACUGCAAUAACUUACGUCGUACUACCGUCAAACUCAACGAACGAAUGUCUAUGUGUAUUUCUCGUUGUUUUGUUCAUAAAUGUCGGUUUAUUCCGUUGUCGUUUCGGCCCCGAUUGAGUUGAGUGCGAUGUGCAUUUGGUCGUCUGCCGCCGUCGCCGACGCCGCUACACGAUCGCCGCCGCCGCUACUGCCGCUGCUGUCGUCGCCGCUGCCGCUGCCGCCGCAGCCGCUGUCGUCGUCGUCGUCGCAAUAAUAAUACGCCGCAUCAAAAACACCGCGACUCGUGCCAUUGUCCGUUGUUCAACGCCGGACAUGGACACCUGACGACCGUCUCUCUGGACGUCCGAUCAUCGACAACACCGCGGUGGUGUUAGCGCGGCAUAAUCCGCCCGUCAAUACUCGAAUGGUGGACGCGUAGACAAUCCGACAAACUGGACAAGCUACCCGAGUAUCUCCGCGACACCGUGGACUGGUUUAUGGGGAAAGGUCGAAAGGCCAAAGACAAGGAAUCAUUAUGUAAUGAUGAUAAUAAGUUGUAUUUGGAAGAAGCUGUGUUGGAAAAAAAGUUACCUGACAUUGAUCUUAGGAUAUUAGUUGAAAUGCCUAAUGGAAUAGAUUUUAAUGAGUGGCUUGCUUCUCAUACUCUUUCAAUUUUUGACAACACCAACUUGAUUUAUGGAACUGUGUCAGAAUUCUGUACUAUUUCGGGAUGUCCUGAUAUGGUUGGACCAAGUUAUAGAACCUACUUGUGGUUUGACGAAAAAGGAAAAAAAUCUCGAGUAGCUGCUCCAUUAUAUAUAGACUAUGUUAUGACGUUUGUUCAAAAAACUAUUAAUGAUGAGACAAUCUUUCCAACUAAAUAUGCUAAUGAAUUUCCUGUCGGCUUUGAGGUUGUAGUAAAAAAAAUUUUAAGAUUGUUAUUUCACGUUUUAGCACAUCUUUAUCAUAGUCAUUUUCGUGAAUUAGUACUACUAAAUUUGCAUACACAUUUAAAUUGUGUAUUUGCUCACCUGUCAGUAUUUAACCAUCGUUAUCAAUUAAUUGAACUACGGGAAACUGAAAUCCUACAGGAUCUAGUGGUAGCUUUAAAAAUUUUAGGUGAUGAUGAAGAAAUAACUACCGUAGUCAAUGAAUCUAUUGAUGAAUAUAAGGACGUCAUCAACAAAGAACCAACCAUGUCUUUAGCAGAUCAACCUAUUAACAUGUUCCCUAAUCCUUCUCCUAUUAAUACACAGACUUUAGCUACUCAAAUUGAUAAUUUCUAGUCUAGAAAAUAAAAUCUUAAAAUGCAUUAAGUAUAUUUGUAAUACAUAUUACAUAUGUUUAAUUAUACUGUACAUAGAAUUUCUUGUUAAAUAAUUUAGAAAACACUUGUUGGCAGACAAUAAACUAAUAUCAAAGCUUUUUAAUCAACUAUAUUAUUAUAUUAAA